AUGGCAUUCGCUGGAAAAGAUCCACUAAGAGCUCCAAUAUCUCUUGCUCUAGAAAUAGAGGUGUAUGCGAACUCGAUCGAGUCGGUCUACAAGGACUUGGUCGAGCUAGACAUUACAACGGGUAGAAAGAGGGUUCAGAGGUCACAGAGGGUACAAGAGGAACCUGAGGUGCUUGUUGCUGAUACAAUGGAUGUACCAGAGGGGAAUGGAAACCCUUUGGGCAAUGGACUCGGUCGAGCUAGGCAAACUCGACCGAUUGGUCAAGGAGAUGCUCCAAACCGCCACCAACAGAGACAAGGGAUUGUUCCACCACCAGUGCAGAACCACAACUUUGAGAUCAAGCUGGGAAUGAUCAACCUUGUCCAGAACAAGAUGUUCCAUGGAUUGCCAAGUGAAGACCCCAUUGACCACCUUGAUGAGUUUGAUAGGCUUUGUGAUUUGACAAAGAUCAAUGGUGUCUCUGAAGAUGCCAUCAAGCUGAGACUCUUUCCUAUGUCUCUAGCUGACAAAGCUCACCAAUGGGAGAAGAGCUUGCCCCAUGGCACAAUCACCACUUGGGAUGAAUGCAAGAAGGCCUUUCUUGCUAAGUUUUUCUCCACCGGUCGCACAGCCAAGCUUAGAGGAGAGAUAUCCAGCUUCAUCCAGCGAAACAAUGAGACAUUCGCAGAGGCUUGGGAGAGGUAUAGGGAGAUGCUAGACACAGCUAGCAAUGGGAACUUCCUCAACCAGGAUGUAGAUGAUGGCUGGCAACUUGUGGAGAACAUGGCCAUAUCAACAGAAUGCUAUGGAGAGCACUAUGAAAGUACAGAUUGGAGCUCGACCGCGCACUCGAUCGAGCUGGACGCUCAGAUGAGAAAAGACAUGCUUGCACUCAACUCGAAGUUGGACAAACUGAUCCUAGCCCAAUUCCCUGCCAAGCAUGUCAACUAUUGCAUCAUCCUCUUCACCACAAGAGUAUGCCCAAGCAGUUACACUAAGAAGUGGGAGCAAUUCCCGAGUAGAGGUAGCCCACCCCAAAUCGCUGUGGACAUCGAUGACGAGGAAGGGGAGGAUUUAGUCGACUAUGCUGAUAACUCGACCCGAACUCGAUCGAGCUGGAACAAAACCCUGAACCAGAACUCGAUCGAGCUGGAGAAACUGAGACACUGCAAGACAAACCAGAGCUCGAUCGAGCCAGAAGAAGCAGACAAAGCAAACUCCAGCCAACCAGCUAAACCUGUUGCAAAGAAGAAAGACACUCCAGCAGGACCACCACCAUACAAGCCCCCUCUGCCCUUUCCAGGAAGGUUCAAGAAACAACUGUUGGAAGCACACAAGGCCAAGUUUGAUGAACUAAUGAGACAGCUUGAGUUGAAGUUGCCCUUCAUCGACGCCUUGAUGCUCAUUCCACCUUAUCAGAAAUUUCUGAAGGAUGCUGUUCAGCAAAGAACCAGGGAAGCACAAGGGAUGGUAGUGUUGACUCGCGAGUGCAGUGCAAUCAUUCAGCGGAAGGUCAUCUCCGACAAAAAGGAAGAUCCGGGGAGUUUCACUUUGCCCUGCAUGUUGGGACCCCUAUCUUUCAAAAACAGCCUCUGCGAUCUAGGAUCAUCUGUCAGCCUCAUGCCUUUGUCUGUAGCAAAGAGACUGGGAUAUCACAAGUACCAAGCCUGCGGAAUCUCACUAGUCUUGGCAGAUAGAUCGAUAAGGUUACCAACUGGGAUGCUUGAAGACCUGCCUUUGAGGAUAGGGAAUGUAGAAAUCCCCACAGACUUCAUUGUGCUUGAGAUGGAUGAGGAACCAACAGAUCCAUUGAUUCUAGGAAGGCCAUUCCUAGCUACAGCAAGAGCAAUGAUAGAUGCCAGUUUGCGAAGUCAUGGCAGUGAGCUCGAUCAAGAACUCGAUCGAGUCGAGUUUCGAACAAACGAACUCGAUCGAGCUGGGGCUGAAUGCAAGGAGCAAGCUCAAGGAGAUUGGUCUGAGCUCAAGGCGCCUAAAGUCGACCUCAAACCUUUGCCUGAGGGCCUCAGGUAUGCAUUUCUGGGUGAAAACUCAACUUACCCUGUCAUUGUGAACUCUGAUUUGGAACCUGAACAGUUGAGUGCUUUGCUUGUUGAAUUGAGGAAGUACAGAAAGGCAAUAGGUUACACUCUAGAUGAUAUCAAGGGGAUCUCCCCUGACCUAUGCAUCCAUAGGAUUCAUCUAGAGGAUGAAAGUAAGUCAAGCAUUGAACCUCAGAGAAGGUUGAACCCCAAUCUAAAGGAAGUAGUGAAGAAAGAGAUACUCAAGUUGCUUGAUGCUGGGAUAAUCUAUCCCAUCAGUGAUAGCACUUGGAUAUCUCCAGUUCAUUGCGUCCCAAAGAAAGGGGGGAUCACUGUCAUUAAAAACGACAAAGAGGAGCUGAUUCCCACUAGAACAAUAGUGGGGCAUCGCAUGUGUAUUGACUAUAGGAAGCUAAAUUCAGCAUCUAGAAAGGAUCAUUUCCCUCUCCCUUUCAUUGAUCAGAUGUUAGAAAGAUUGGCAAACCACCCUUUUUAUUGUUUUCUUGAUGGCUACAGUGGUUUCUUCCAAAUCCCGAUCCACCCUAAUGAUCAGGAGAAGACCACUUUCACAUGCCCUUAUGGCACCUUUGCUUAUCGAAGGAUGCCAUUUGGGCUGUGCAAUGCUCCAGCUACUUUCCAGAGGUGCAUGACCUCCAUUUUUUCAGAUCUGAUAGAGGAGAUGGUAGAAGUCUUCAUGGACGAUUUCUCAGUCUAUGGAGCAUCCUUCUCCUCAUGUUUGUCUAACUUGUGCAGGGUGUUGCAGAGGUGUGAGGAGACCAAUCUAGUACUCAACUGGGAGAAGUGCCACUUCAUGGUUCGAGAAGGGAUUGUGCUUGGACACAAGAUUUCCGAGAAAGGGAUCGAGCUCGAUCGAGCUAAGGUGGAUGUCAUGUUGCAGCUCCCUGUUCCCAAGACUGUGAAGGACAUAAGGAGUUUUCUGGGUCACGCAGGGUUCUACAGAAGAUUCAUCAAGGAUUUCUCAAAGAUAGCAAGACCCUUGACAAGGCUUCUAUGCAAGGAGACAGAUUUUGAGUUUGAUGAAGAAUGCCACAAGUCUUGGACCUUGCUGAAGGAUGCUCUGGUAUCUGCGCCAAUAGUACAAGCUCCAAACUGGGAUCACCCAUUUGAGAUUAUGUGUGAUGCAUCUGACUAUGCAGUAGGAGCAGUGCUUGGCCAAAAGAUAGACAAGAAACUCAAUGUCAUCUACUAUGCAAGCAAGACUAUGGAUGAUGCUCAGUGCAAGUAUGCAACCACAGAGAAGGAGCUCCUUGCCAUAGUCUUUGCCUUUGAGAAGUUUCGAAGCUAUAUAGUUGGAUCCAAGGUGAUUGUGCACACUGACCAUGCUGCCCUUAGACACAUCUUCGCUAAAAAGAUACAAAGCCAAGACUUCUCAGAUGGAUCCUUUUGCUUCAAGAGUUUGAUAGAAGUUGUGGACAAAAAGGGAGUAGAAAAUGGAGUUGCUGAUCAUCUCUCUAGGAUGCGAGUUGAAGACAUGAUCCCCAUCAAUGAUUCUAUGCCUGAAGAACAGCUUAUGGCAAUCAUGAUCUUGAAGGAGAGUUUUGAUGAGAAAGCCAGGCUGGAAGAAGUUAAGGCUCUGCGUGAUGAGAAUUUGCCAUGGUAUGCUGAUAUAGUGAACUUCAUGGUGUCCGGAGAAGUCCCUAGUAGCUUUGAUGCUUACAAGAGGAAGAAAUUCUUCAAGGAUGCUAGGCAUUACUAUUGGGAUGAGCCCUACCUGUACAAGAGAGGACCAGACAGCAUUUACAGGAGAUGCAUUGCUGAAGAGGAUGUGCAAGGAGUUCUAGAGCAUUGCCAUGGGUCAGCUUACGGAGGUCACUUUGCUACAUUCAAAACAGCAACUAAGGUUUUGCAAUCGGGUUUAUGGUGGCCUACUUUGUUUAAGGAUGCAGCAGACUACAUUGCCAAGUGUGAUCCGUGCCAAAGGAAAGGAGGGAUCACCAAGAGGGACGAGAUGCCACUAAACCCAAUUCUAGAGGUUGAGAUCUUUGAUGUAUGGGGAAUAGACUUCAUGGGACCUUUCAAACCUUCUUCAAACGGGCACAACUACAUUUUGGUUGCUGUAGACUAUGUAUCCAAAUGGAUUGAAGCCAUUCCCUGCCCAACCUGUGAUGCCAAGGUGGUUGUCAAGCUUUUCAGAACCAUCAUCUUUCCAAGGUUCGGCAUCCCAAGGGUUGUUAUUUCGGAUGGAGGCUCCCAUUUCAUCAACAAGGUGUUUGAAAAGUUGAUGAGAAGCCAUGGAGUCAAACACAAGGUCGCCACACCUUAUCACCCUCAAACCAGUGGGCAAGUUGAAGUCUCCAACAGACAGAUCAAGGCCAUAUUGGAGAAGACUGUGAGCUUCACUAGGAAAGACUGGGCAGCAAGGCUUGAUGAGGCACUUUGGGCUUAUAGAACAGCUACAAAACCCCCAUUGGAAGGUCUCCUUUCAAUUUGCUGUAUGGGAAGGACUGCCACUUACCUGUGGAGGUCGAAUAUAAGGCUUUAUGGGCAGUAA